UUUUUAUGGCUCCCAUCGUAACAGUCAAGUCACAACCCGCAGAAUUGCGACCAUGGUCGAAUCACGUGAUCCGCAACGGAUCAUUUUCGGCAAGCCCCUCUUUUUGCGCCUGCCCCAAUAACCCACGAAACGAACUUGGACAGGAACCAAAAUCUCUUUCCGCUGACUCCCAGUGACGCCUUCCGUUGGCAACGAAAUUAUCACCUCGAGUUUUUGUUGCAGUUUGCAUCAUUACUCCCCAUCGCAUCUCUUAUCACAGUCUCCUCCAGCCAGUUUCUGCUUUCGAGCAGCAGGAGAUUGCCCAAGAUGCCGCCUCCGCCGCAUCAGAAGCCCGAAAACGUGCUUAAGCGCGCACAUGAACUCAUCGGGGUUAACCAGGCGCCUGCCGCCUUGACCAUCGUCCACGACCACAUCACCUCAAAGCGAUCUCGCAAUGUUCCCAUCGCAUCGCUGGAGCCGGUUAUGCUCCUCUUGGUGGAGCUUUCCGUCGAGCAGAAGAAAGGCAAGGUUGCCAAGGACGCGCUCUAUUCGUACAAGAACAUCGCACAGAACACGAACGUUGCAACCAUCGAGCUGGUUUUGAAGAAGUUCAUCGAGCUGGCAGUAGAGAAGGUCACUGUCGCCCAACAGAAAGCCGAUGAAGUUCAGUCCAGCCUCGAGGCCACGACUACUACGACCAGCGUUGAUGAUCUCGAGGCCAGUGAAACCCCGGAGUCCAUACUUCUCGCUACCGUAUCCAGCGAGCAGUCUCGGGAUCGUACCGACCGUGCCAUCAUCACACCAUGGCUCAAAUUCCUGUGGGAGGCAUACCGUACUGUGCUCGACAUCCUGCGUAACAAUGCCAGACUUGAAAUCCUAUACCAGAGCACUGCGAUGCAGGCCUUCGAGUUCUGCCUCAAGCAUGCCCGAAAGACCGAGUUCCGAAGACUCUGCGAACUGUUGCGGAACCACGUACAGACGGCGGCCAAAUACUCUUCUCAGAUGCACGCCAUCAAUCUGAACGACCCUGACACCCUGCAGAGACAUCUUGAGACCCGUUUUCAGCAACUCAAUGUCGCCGUCGAGCUCGAGCUCUGGCAGGAGGCUUUCCGCAGCGUCGAGGAUAUCCACACCCUUCUCAACCUCAGCAAGCGCCCCCCGAAGAAUGUCAUGAUGGCCAACUACUACGAGAAGCUUACGCGCAUUUUCCUUGUCGGCGAGAACUACCUCUUCCAUGCUGCCGCCUACUCAAGAUACUACAACCUCCUCCGCCAGUCUGCUGCUAUGGUCGCCUCCGGUCAAAGUAAAAAGGCCGACAACCCGCCGAUCAAUGAGGCUGACCUCCAGACGGCUGCUUCUUUUGUGCUUCUGUCUGCUCUCUCCAUCCCCGUCAUCAGCACCUCGCGUUCUCGUGGUGCCAUGGUCGACUUUGAUGAGGCAAGGAAGAACAAGAACUCUCGUCUGACGCACCUUCUGAAGAUGACCCAAGCGCCCACGCGUGCUCUGCUUCUGCGCGACGCUCUUUCCAAGUCUCUCCUGAAGCGGGCCAGACCUGAAAUCAGGGAUCUCUACAACAUCCUUGAAGUCGAUUUCCACCCUCUUUCCAUCGUGAAGAAGAUCUCGCCCAUUUUGACCAAGAUCGGUGAUGAUCCUCAAAUGAAGCAGUACAUCCCGCCUCUGCAGCAAGUCAUCUUGACCCGACUUUUCCAACAGCUGUCCCAGGUAUACGAGACUGUGGAUCUGUCGUUUGUUGAGAGCCUCGCUGAGUUCCCUGAGCCUUUCCAAAUUGAUCGUGGCACUGUCGAGAAGUUCAUCAUGAACGGAAACAAGAAGGGAGACUUGUCAAUUCGCAUGGACCACGCCACCGGCGUCCUCAGCUUCGACACUGACGUAUUUUCCUCGUCCAAGGCUGGUCACCCGGGCUCCGCUGCUGGCUCUGCUGAGAGCGAAACCGGCUCCGUCCAGCGCCUCCAGAGCACCCCUUCUGAGAUUGUUCGCUCCCAGCUGACCCGUUUGGCGAAGUGCCUCCACACCACAUGCUUCUACAUUGACCCCACAUACAAUGAGGCGCGCAUUAAGGCCCGUGAGGCCGCCUUGGUUAGAGCCAAGGCUGGUGCCGAAGAGGAACACCGCGAGCUUCUUGCCCGCAAGGACAUUAUCCAGAAGCGCAAGGAUGAGGCAUCUGAGCUCCAGGCUAAGAAGGACAAAGAGAAGGCCAGGCAGAAGCGCCUCCAAGAACAGGCUUUGGCCGAGGCUGAGGAACGUCGUUUGGCACAGGAGCAGAAGGAACGCGAAGAGAAGAGACUGCGGGAUGAGCGAGACCGUGUCCGCAAGGAAGAGCUCAAGAAGCAGAUCGCCGACCUCAAAAUCGGACCCAACGCUAUUGACAUCGACAUUGAGAAUCUGGAUGAUCUUGACAGCAACCGUCUUCGUGCCAUGAAGCUGGCACAGCUGGAGCGGGAGAAGAACGAUGUCAAUGAGAAGCUGCGCAUCACCGGUAAGCGUAUUGACCAUCUUGAGCGAGCCUUCCGAAGGGAAGAAGUCAAGAAGCUUCCUGAGGACUACGAGAAACAGCGAAAGCGCGACUUGGCUGCCUAUGAAAAGACCAAAGAGGAGACCCUCAUCGAGGCCAAGAAGAAGCACAAGGAGAGUGUCGAGCUCAAGCGCCGGCUCGAACGUCUGUUCCCCCAGUACGAGAUCUUCAGGAAGUCGCUGCACGAUCGACGUCGUGACGAAUUUGAGAAACGCCAGCGCGAUGCCGAGCGUGAGCUCGAGAAGCAAAUCGCCCAACGUAAGAAGGAGUACCGCGAUCGCAAGAUUCGUGAGAAGCGCGAGCGUGAGGAGAAGGAGCGUGCUCUGCGCGAAGCUGAAGAGCGUGCUGCGAAAGAAAAGGAGGAGAAGGAGAAGCGUGAAGAACUCCGACGGGCGGAAUUCGCAAAGAUCAAGGAGCAGAAGGAGAAGGAGCGUCAAGAGACUCUCGAGAAGGCGGCGCUGCAAGCUCGCAGAGAGGAGGAGGCCAUGCAGCGACGAAAGGAGGAGAAAGAGAAGGAGAGACUUGCCGGCGUCCCCAGGCGGGAUGUCCCCACGAUGGAACGCACCGACUCGAACCAACGCCGCCCUCUCAACCUUCCCGGCGCUGGCAAAUGGAGAGAGAGGGACGCAUCCCGCACCGCUGCCGGUGCCGCCCCUGCAGACAACGUUGUUCCGCCGGCACGUAUUGCCAGCCCAAUGGAACGAACCAACUCCAAUGAUCGACCUGCUGCUGGUGGUCCGCCUCGUCUCAACCUUGCUGGCAACAAGCCCUCGUGGCGUGAGCGUGAGGCAGCGAGAGCAGCAAGCGGUGGUGCCCCUGCCCCUAAGGAAAUCUCUAGGGACACUGCACCUCCCCCUCGUACUAUGCCAGAGCGACCUCGCGUCAUUGAUCGUCCGGAUCGCUCCGAUCGCAUUGAUCGGGGCGAUAACAACACUCCGGCUGAACCGCUUAAGCCUUCGGGGGCCGGUGGCAAAUGGUUGCCUCCCCACAUGCGCAACAAAUAGGGGGAAUCAUCGACGUGGAGUUCGGGGUUCGGUACAGGUCAUUGGCUGUGUAUUUUAAAAAAAAGUGAGGUAGCAUAAUUGGGCUACGAGCAACGCGUUGUCGGGUAGCAUUCGCUAGCUAUCAUAUAAGCAUGUUGAGUUUACCAAAAACACUACCUGGGUAUUUGCUGAGGUGGCAUGACGUCACAAAGUACGAAAUUGACACCACCAUAUUGUUAUCAUUUGGACUGGUUACUCAAACAUCUAGGGGAAUGAAUGAUUUGAUGAGAGGUAGUCUGGUCCGUUGCGCCCAUGUAGAUGGAGUGCGAAGUUACGGUUUAUAAAUGAUGUCAUUCUGCAAUACUUGAUUCACUUUUGACCAUCUUGUCUGUGCAUGCUGUAGCCGAAAUCGACC